AUGGGGAAUCAAUUCAUUUUUGGGAGGGCAUUUGGGUGGGUGAACUUCCUAUUGAUAGGGGCUUUUCCACUCUUAUAUAGAGUUGCUCAUUCUCAUAAUGUUUCCGUCGCUUUUGGUCUUUCAUUGUCUUAUUCCAUUUGUGAUAUAAGGGUGUGGAGCAUUCAUUCUUCUGGUGUUUUCUCGUGCAAAUCUUUUUAUGUUAAACUCAUUGAUAAGUAUGGAGUUCCUUUGUUUCCAUUCCACAAAACAAUUUGGAUAGCAUUUGUACCUUUUAAAGUGAACCUUUUUAUGUGGUCUUUCAUUCGCGGAAGCAUUAUUAUGACCAAUGGUUUAGUGGGUGAACCUGUUAAAGCAAAAGAUUUGCUUAGUGCAGUGAAGAACUUGGUUUGUUGUGAUGUUAAUAGACAUGCUGAAUCUCCACCAUUCCUAAUGAAUUUGUGGACUGUGGUUAAGAUCUCCCAACAGGCAAUUAUUGAUCUACUUCUAGACAUAAUGGUUGAAAGUUGCCAACACUCAGAAACCAGAUCUAGUGUGGAUUGUUAUGAUUCAAGUUUAAAACCUUCUGGGCAUGCCAAUGGAGAUGCCAGUGAAGGACAAUUUCUAAGGCAAAGUGGACCAGAAGAUUCUGGUCAAUCCGCCAAAUAUGAGACCUUGGCCUCUUGGGUGGAUGGAAGUAGCAGCAUGUGUGCAGUUGAGGGCUUGGAGGAGGAGAUAACCGAUAUACCCGAAAAAGCUAUUCUUGCACAACCUCCUUCAGAACUAUCUGCUAUAGCCCUUCUGAAGAUCAAUUCUAUUCAAGAUCUAAAGAUCAAGUGGCCUGAGCAGGCAGAUGAAAUCUUAGAUAUGAUAAUCAAUUCUCUGAAGGCUCUUGAUGGUACUAUUCCAAAAGGUGGUUUAAGGCCAAAUCAAUGGCUUGUAUCUGUACAUAAGAUUUCUCGUGCACUGGACAGAGCUCCAAAACACCUGCAGCCAGACCUAGUCACUUUGGUGCCCAGCUCGUUGAUCAUUCAGAUAAUCCACUUGCUGCAUCUGUGCUUCUAGAUCAACUAACUAAAC